AUGAAAGAAGCGAUUGUCAGGAAGGACCUGUCAGUAGACAUUGUCCAUUCGCCUAUCCCUAAACCAAAGCCUGGACAUGUAUUGAUCAAGGUUAUCGUCGCGGGUUCCAACCCGAAGGACUGGAAGCUCCCGGCCAUGUUCGGUACGGAAAUAAAUAGCGGUGACGAUAUUGCCGGUACCAUUGAAGCCGUGGGAGAAGAUGUUGUCGGAUUUCGCAAAGGGGACCGCGUAGCCGCCUUUCAUGAGAUGAGGACUGCUCACGGGGCAUUUGCCGAGUACGCUGUUGCACCCUACUACACUACCUUCCACAUUCCGGACUCGACCUCAUAUGAGGAGGCGGCCACAAUUCCUUUGGCUGCCUACACAUCCGCCUGCGCGCUCUUUCAAGACCUUGAGCUCCCUGAACCCUGGUCUCCACUCGCCAAGUCCGCGGGCAAAAAAGGCAUCAAGCGUCCUUUAAUUAUCUAUGGCGCUAGUACUGCUACAGGAGCCUUCGCUAUCAAGCUUGCUGCAGCUGCCAAUAUUCACCCUAUCAUCGCUGUUGGCAGCAAGCGGAGCGACUUCAUCAAGCCAUUCCUCGACGAAACCAAGGGAGAUGUUCUUAUCGACUAUACUGCUCAUUUGACAGAGGAGAGCCUUAUCAAGGCGAUUCAAGAGGCUGUCAAAAAGGGGGGUGCUCCUGACGGUCGCUGCUGGAAGGCCUAUGAUACCGUUUCUGAAGACAAGACGAUUAGGCUUGUUACUAACGCGAUUGCUGGCCCCGCAGACGCUACGGGUCAGAGGCCGAGGGUAACUAAUAUCUUCCUUAAAACCGAGGUCGAGGGCUCCGACCCGAGUGUUGACAUUGUCUUCUCUAUGGUGGGACAAGUUCACUACGAGGACGAGAAUGAUAAGCUUAUCGGUGUGAUCUGGGGAGCAGCUUUCUCCCGGGGUUUGCGCGAGGGAUGGCUCACACCUCAUCCCUACAUGACGGGCAAAGACGGCCUCGAGAGCUUGUCUGAAGGCUUACAGGGUCUAAGAGACGGCAAAAUCCGCGCCCAAAAGUGUUUAACCCGCCUCGACAAAGCGUCUGCAUGA